CUGAGGAUCUCACCCAGCAAGAAAACUGCUCCGCAAAUGGCCACUAUAAAUGCAAACAGUUGGGAGGAAUGGGAUCUGUCAGGACAGAAACUGAGGUCCCUUCCUCAGGAUCUCUUAACACAUGCUAGAAGUGUGGAUUUGCAGAGGAACAAACUGAAACGGGUCAUCGGCAUCUCCAGAUUCCCCCACCUGACGGAGCUUAAUCUCUCCAGGAACAAGAUAAUGGAGUUUUCUCAGGAAAUGCGCUUCUUGAACAAACUGGAGAUACUCUACAUGGACCACAACAACAUCAGAUCCAUUCCAGAGGGAAUCUUCCCCCAUUUAAGAAUGUUAAAGUUUGUAAAACUCAGCACCAAUCGCCUGGCCAAGCUUCCUUCAGAUAUAAACCAGUGCACCAGUAUCACUUACCUGGACCUUUCCAGGAACCGCCUGCAAAACAUCCAACCGCUAAUUGGUCUCCCAAAACUGAAGGAGCUUUUGGUUGAGAGGAACCAACUGACCGAGCUCCCAUUCCAGCUCUUCCAGAAUAGUACCUGUGAGCUGACCAGAUGCAAGGCCACAGGCAACCCACUGAGGUGCCCACCAGAGGAGGUCUGCGCUGGCGGGGUCUUGGACAUCCAGAGCUACUUCUGUCAAAUGGAGGAGGACCCGAACACAUACAGUGCCUUGACAGUCAAGACCAUGUUCCUGGGCUCCUCCAUGGCGGGGAAGUCCACACUCUGCCGCAGCCUGAGAGAAGGGAAGCCUGUGACGGUGUCAGUGAAGGACCGGACUGAGGGAAUCGAGAUCAGCCAACUGUACACCCAGGAGGUCCGUUUCCUUUUCUGGGACUUUGCAGGGCAGGAGGAGUACUACCUGACACACCACGUCUUCAUCACACCACGAGCCCUCGUCAUCCUUGCUAUUGAUUUAGCCAGUUACAGCAUCGUAGACCCAAAGUCUUUCAAAGACCAGCUGUGGUUCUGGAUAAACAACAUACAGUUGCGCGUGCCGGACUCAGUGGUCCUGCUGGUGGGAACACACUGCGACCAGUGCAGAGACCAGGAGGAGGUGAUGGAGAAGAAGAUAGACAUCGAGGAGAAGGUCAAAACCAUGUUAGAAAACAGAAAGAUAGUUUUGAAACACCGUAAGAAAAAUCUGGAAGAAAGUAUAGACCCCUCUCUCUUUGCAGACCAAGUGGAUGAGCUGGAUUGCCUUUUGGAAUACAAUUUGAAGGUUCUGGAUCUUUUGACUCUUGACUGCACAAGGUCUGAGGAUAUUGCAAAACUCAGAAGUCAUAUUUUGAUCUGUCUUCAAUCAGAAAGUGUGUUUCUGUGUUCUGGGAGUAUCUUACCGAAAAGCUAUGAAGAAGUGGAGCAAGUCAUUCAUACACUUGUUGCUCUAGAACAAAUUCCCCAACAUGGUAUCAUCCUACUUGAAGAGCUGAGUGAUUUAAUUCUAAACCAUGCUAAACUGAGCAGAGAGACUCUCCAGUCACUCUUACGAUUCCUCUUGCGAUAUCUGCACCGGAUUGGGGUGAUCUUGUGGUACGAAGACAUCGAUGUACUGAGUGACAGAGUGUUUAUCCAGCCUUCGUUCCUCAUCUCAGUGUUCAAGAGCAUUGUGAGACAUGACCUGGUGCAGUGUCUGGAGGGGGUCUCCAGAGACCUUCUCAUGCAGGAGGGGGCUCUGGUGAAACAAAAGUUCACCUGGGUGGAUGACCUGAGGUGCAGAGGGACCCUACAAAAUGUAGCUUUGCGCAUCUUGGUCCGCAAAGAGUUAGAGAAGCUGGUCGUGGACGAUGACGACUUGAUCAGAGAGGUGGUGGGAACCAAGCGGGAGGAGGGCAUAAUAUUCACCCUACUGCAGUAUUUUGAGGUCUGCCUCCCCACUCUUGUUGGCAGCCACCACAACCCCCAAGCACCAGAGUUCAUCUCUGGUGUGAAGCAGUGGGAGUCGGCCAGGCAGGCCAAAAGAGAUCCGGAUGGAGCCUGUCUCUUCCCCAUGUACCUGAAGGACGACCUCAUAGUGUGCCACAAGUGGGGUGAGGACAAGCAAGACGACAUCAAUGUUCACGUCUACUUCCUUCCUGAGAUUCCUCACAGCUUCUACCACAGAGGGAUCAUCAAGAUGUGCUCCCUGUACACGACCUACUGGCUGGGGAGAGAGCGGAGUCUCUUCUGCUCUGGGAACAGGCUGGUUCUGGUGAGACAAAGGAAUAAGGAUGAAGAUCCUUUCAUUGAGAUACGCUGCAGGAGACCUGAGAAGAAUGAGGAGUUUAGGCCCCUGUGGGAUCUGGUCCUGGCGGUGAUGUCCAAGCUGCUUGUGCUGUCCAGACAGUGGCCGGGACUGACUCAGCAGGUGCACACACCCUGUCCGGAGCGAGGCUGUCCACACUUCUUUACCUGGAGGGACUGGCAGGAGCUCAGCAACACUAACUUGUACAACCUCGUGAAGGAAGAGAAAUUAGUUUGCCAGGGAGGCCACACACGGCGGACGGAGCUGAUUUUUCCAAAGGAUCCCGCUUUGCAGGGAAGGAGUUAGAUGAAAAUAACCUGAGCAGUGAGAGACACAGCACCACGAAGGCCGCCGAAUCCCAAUGUUCACCCUUCAACCGCCGAGAUGUCACGCAGCAACAGAAGUUUAAAAGCGGUUUCUUUAAAUGAAAACUGAAGUUUUAUAAGGGCCUGUAUAUUGCGAUUGCUGUGAAAACAAAUAAAUGUGAUUAGAGUUUA